GAAGGGCCUCGGGGGUUGGGGUCAGGGCCAGGCAGGGUCACACAAUGGGCUAGAACUCUGCCUUCCUCUGAGUUCUCAUCCACUUUGACUCCUCUCCCUGUCUCAGGGAGGGGAGGUAGGACUCAGGAUGAGUUGUCAGUGAAGGCUUUCCCCCUGGAUUCUCUAUUUCUUUCUUCUCGGCUGUGCCUGAAGGCCCCAAGAGACCCCUCAGGUGGUGGCCACUGGCCCGCAGCCUGUUCCCCUCCACCCUUGGUACCGCAUGCUUGUCCUGCCCCCUACUUGGUGCUCUUGUAUUGGGGGAAAUGGCUGUGGUAAUGAGGUUCUUCCGAUGGAUUUGGCGAAAGAUUACUCGCUGGGUUUUCUUCUGGAAACACAAAGCUAAGUCCACCGUCGUGGAACACUCUGACUCCCAGAAAAGUGUAGUGAAGGUGGAGAAGACUCCCAAAGGGACCGACACGUUCAAGUUGGUUGAGCUUUGCGAGGAGGCUAAGGUCUCCAAGACCGAGGAGCCCCCCAAGGCAGCUGAUGCCGUCACGCUGGUCAAAUCAGUGGAUCACGUCGAGGUGGAGCAGAAACGGGGGCGCCGAUCCCUGCUGCAGCUUCCCCGGACAGCUGUCAAGUCCGUCUCCACACUCAUGGUCUCGGCCCUGCAGAGUGGCUGGCAGAUGUGCAGCUGGAAGUCCUCUGUGAGCUCUACCUCCAUUUCCUCCCAGAUGAGGUCUGGGUCUACUCUGGAGACGCCAGAGGCUGAGAUGCUGCGGGAAGUCUACCUGGUGCUGUGGGCCAUCCGGAAACAGCUGCGACAGCUGGCCCGCAGGCAGGAGAGGCGGAGGCGGCGCCACAUCCGGGCCCACGGUGGCUCCCAACCUGAGGCAGUUCAGGGCCUGAAACAGGAUGCCCGGAGUCCCCUCUAGGGGGGGACCCCACAUCCUCCAAAAAGCCCCCACCUCACUGUUAGGUAAGGUUGAUAGGAGAGGUUAGGGCAGCAGGCCGGGAGUUGUGGGUGAGGAGAAGUUUUCAUACUGUCACCCCUCAUCGGGAGCCCAAGUCCAGGCCUGGGGUCCCACUUAUUCCCCUUCAUUCCGUUUAUUCGAUUUGUAAAAAAAAAAAAAAAAAAAAAAAAA